CCAUCGCGCGCAUUCAGUAACCCGCGUGUAUUCAUCUGCUCGUAGUGCAUAUAUGCUCUCAAGUGAUAAAAAUAUAAAUACGUUAAUGUAAAUUUCGGUAAUCUGCUAUGCCGAAGCACUUUUCAACAAUUUAAGUAAUCGUUGCAAAUACACAGAACCCAUAUUAUAUUCUACAAAAUGAUCGAAUCAGUUUAUAAACUAAAAAUGAACGAGGACAACAAGCAAAAUUUGGAAAGAAAUCAAGGCUUUGAUUAUGCAGUGCAAUUAACGCGACUACUUCUGAUGCCAUGUGGUAUUUGGCCAGCCAAAUUUUCUUCAAGAGUCCAACGAUUUUUACGCCCUUUUCUGAUCGUGGCCUGUUGCUUCGUCAUGUUGUUCCUUCUAGUUCCCGUGUGCCUCUUUAUGUUUUUGAUUGUCCGGGAUGUUAGGAUUCGAAUAAAACUUCUCGGACCCUUAGGUUUUAGCCUGAUGAGUCUCUUCAAGUAUGCUGUCGUCAUUAUCAGAAGUCGCGAAAUCGAAAAGUGCAUCCAGAAUAUGUUGGACGACUGGCAACAGGUGGCGAGUGACGAAGACCGAGAUACAAUGUUUGAAAAUGCCAGGACUGGUAGAGUACUGACGAUGGUUUGUAUGUUUCUCAUGUACGGCGGUGGAAUGCCUUACGUGACCAUAGUCCCAUUAGCCAAAGGUGCGACUAUGGUCGGAAACGUCAGUUACAGGGCAUUGGCUUAUCCAAGUUAUUUCAUCUUCUUCAAUCCCUAUAUUCGACCAGUGUACGAUGUAGUUUUUUUGACUCAGUGUUUGUGUGGAUUCACCAGAUACACGAUCACCUGUGGUGUUUACAGCGUUGUCAUCAUUUGCGUUAUGCACAUCUGCAGUCGUAUUACUGUAACAUCAUCUAUGCUCCAAAGAUUGGCCGACAAUUACGACAACAAGCUGAUGGGAACAGUUGUAAAACAUCACUUGAAAUUCUUAAACUUCGCAGCAAAAUUGGAUAAUAUUUUUAGAGAAAUUUUCUUGGUCGAAGUUAUGGGCAGUACUGGUGUUAUUUGUCUACUCGGAUAUUAUUUCAUUACAGAAUAUGAGCAAAGAGAAAGUAUCGCAACAAUAACUUAUUUUUUCUUACUGAUGUCGUUUGUUUUUAAUAUUUUCAUUUUGUGCUACAUUGGCCAAGUUUUAACGGAAAAGUGUGAAAGUAUUGCCAAAGCAGCUUACACGACAAAAUGGUAUCAACUGACUGGGAAAGAAGCACGAAGCAUCGUUUUUAUAGUUUCAUGCAAUCAUAGGCCAGUCGAGCUUACUGCGGGGAAACUAUUAAAACUGUCACUCAACAGCUUCUCCAGUGUAAGAUUUAGAGAAAAACAUUUGAGCAUAUAUAACAAAAUAAUAGAUUUGCAAAAACUGGCUAAAAAAUCUCUUGUAGAUCAUAAAAGCAGCUGCAGGAUACCUGAAUAUACUCCGAACCGCUAUUGUUAAUUCCAGCUAAACUGUCACGAGUUAAAGUUUCAUAGAUUUAUACCUGUUACAGCUAAACGUAUACUUAUUCCAAGUUAAACUGUAAUUGAACAGAAACAGGUAUGGUCGUUUGAUCUUAAGCUCGCAUUGAUUUACCAAUUGAUACUUUCUUUCAAUAUGCGAAACAUUUUUAUACAAACAAAAAAGGAUUACAGUAUUACAAGAAAUAUAUAUUUUUGAGCUGCUUCGCAGUUAUAAAUAAAUGGUUAUGUUUGGGUAAAUGAAUGUAAAUAAAUCAAAGCAAAACAA